GAAGAAAAAAAAAAAACCAUGCGGUUUAGUGGUUUAGUUAAGUGCUGUUAGAUCAAAUCAACUUCUCCGAAUCCUUUAAUAAAACUGUUAUGGAAAUCACAGUAGAAUUGCCGGACAGAAAUUCUGGAUCGGCUAAAAUAAAAUCACAAUUUCUUGUGCAAGACCAUGUUCGGGAACUUGACCUAAAUUUUGUUGCUGCAAAGGACCAGAACAAGAUUACUGAUGAAAGAAAUAUUCAAAGCAGUGAGCCUCCCCGGAAGAAACUGAAAGGACAGAACAAGCACCGACCUCGUGAGAAAAGAGCCCCGAAAUCAGAGAAACUGUGUUUCAAAAUUGGAACCGAAGGAUCCUGUCCGUUCGGGGAGAGUUGCUGCUACAGUCAUGACGUAAAAUCAUAUUUAGAAAAGAAACCUCCUGAUAUUGGGCCUUCUUGCUACUUAUUUGAAACAUUUGGAAAAUGUCCUUAUAGUUUCUCGUGUCGAUUCGGAACUCAGCAUUUAAAGGAUUAUAAAAAUGAAAUUCUAGAAGAAGUUUUAGAAAGGUGCAAAGAAAAAAUAUUUUAUACAAAUGUGUUAACUAAGGAGCUGCAGAAAUCCCUGCGGCAGAGAAAUUAUAAUUUUUGUAAAUCAGAUGAAGUUUUGAAAGAAUUUAAUUCCACUAUUGGUAAAAAAGACGACAUAAACAUUCAUAAUACUCAAGUGUCCGAAAGUAUUUCUCUGGAGAGAUCCACUGAAAACUCUCAAGUUGAUGAUGAGGUAGUAUUAAACUCUGCAAAUGAUGAAAAAUUAAAAAAAACUCAGAGUGAUGAAAAUUUAUCACAAAGCUCAAAUUUUGAUCUUAAUAACAAGCAUAAUGACAAAAUUAAAGUUCUCGAAGAUGUUACUCCAUUGGAGCAUGACAUCAAAAAAAUUGAUUUUCAAAACAAAUUGUAUCUGGCUCCUCUCACAACUGUUGGCAAUUUACCAUUUCGGCGCAUCUGCAAAGAAUUUGGAGCUGAUAUCACUUGUUCAGAAAUGUGUGUGGCAUUGAGUCUUCUUCAAGGACAACAGUCUGAAUGGGCUCUCUUAAAAAGACACUAUACUGAAGAUAUUUUUGGCAUUCAGUUGUGUGGUGCUCAUCCAGAUGUGAUGACUCGUUGCAGCCAAUUACUUUCAGAAACUGUGUCAUUUGACUUCAUUGAUUUAAAUCUUGGAUGUCCCCUUGAUGCUAUUUACAAAAAGGGUGCAGGUUGUGGUUUAAUGAACAGACUAAAAAAGUUAGAAGGCAUUGUGUAUGGAGUGUCAUCUGUGAUUAAUGUUCCAUUAACUUUGAAAAUGAGAAAAGGCAUAUAUGGAAAUUGCAAUAUAGCUCAUAACGUGGUGCAAAAAAUUCAAACGUGGAAAAAAUCUGUCUCUCUUAUAACGAUACAUGGUCGCUCUAGAGAGCAGAGAUAUACUAAAUCUGCUGAUUGGGAUUAUAUUCAUACUUUCUGUGAAUCAGCAAAGCCCAUUCCUGUUCUUGGUAACGGUGAUAUUUUAUCUUACGAAGACUAUAAUCUACGAAUUAAAGAAAGUGGUUUGCAUGGUGCUAUGAUUGCAAGAGGUGCAUUAAUCAAGCCUUGGAUCUUUAAGGAAAUAAAAGAACAGACUCAUUGGGACAUAUCAUCUUCAGAAAGAUUUGAUAUUCUAAAGAAAUAUACAAAUUAUGGUUUAGAACAUUGGGGAUCUGAUACUGAGGGAGUUGAAAAAACUAGACGCUUUUUGCUUGAAUGGUUGUCAUUUCUGCACAGAUAUAUUCCAGUAGGAGUAUUAGAACAAGUCCCACAACAUAUUAAUGAAAGACCUCCAGCUUAUAUUGGGCGUGAUGAUCUUGAGACAUUGAUGGCUAGUCCAAGCUGUCGUGAUUGGGUUAAAAUAAGUGAAAUGUUGCUGGGACCUGUUCCUGAGCACUUUGUUUUCCUGCCAAAACAUAAAGCGAAUGCUUAUAAAUAAAUAUGUAAAUAUUGUAUUUUCUGCAAUAAAGUUUUUGGAACACCGAAGUUUUUG